GGAAGCAAAACCAAAACCUGAAGAUGAAGGCGACCAAAAUGAUUUUCUAAUUGUUAGUCUAGAUGGAAAAAAUGUCGAACAGUUUUCAGACGUUCAAGAAAAGUUUCAAAAGCUCGUCGCAGUUUUGGCAAAAACAUUCUGUGAUGAAAAUGGCAUCCGACAUGGUGUAGAAAUUAAUUCUACAACAGUCCAGAUUCACAGAGUGGAGAGAUGUCCUACAGAAUGGCCAGAGUCAGAUUUAUGCAUCAAUGUGAACAUGUCUGUACCAGUGAACAGUUCAGAGAGCUACCAACUCAGUGCAAGGAGUCUUUACAGCAUGUGGAAGACUCGUUCAGAUGACCAGUUGAAGGAGAUUGGAUUAAAGGAGUACAACGUUGCUUCUAGCUCUCUAAUCCUGGUUCUGUGGCUGUGUGUCACAGGCAUCUUGUUUCUUCUAUUCUUCGUCAUAUUGGUUUGUGCAGUGAAGACACGAUUCGUAGAGAACUACUUAAGAAGGAAAGAUAUUCUCGGAUCUUCUAAUAGAUCAUGGAUACCUUAUGGUGAAAAGCAGCUAGUUCCUCCUUUCUUCUAUCCUGAACAACAGAGCACUAAACUAGAGGAAACUCAAAUUAAAUAUGAUAUUGAGACAAGUCUGCGUAAACGAAGCAUCGGGAUAGAGAACCCAGCUUACAUGCAUGAAAGUUCUACACACGUUUUGGAAACACAGAUCUCCCAAACUUCCAUGGUGGAUGAUUUUGACUCUGAAGAUGAAACGAUUUACCCUCCAGCUCCUCUACCUAGACCAAUGCUGAUCAGAACUGGAAAAAGAAGAAAUAACCUUGAGAAGAAUGCAGGUGAAAAUGAAACAGAACUAUAAUACUGUAUUUGAUUAGGUUUACCUAAAAUAUGUAAAUUAUUG